CCCGACGCGCAGUAAUGAAAGUCGCAUAUGCAACCAGUCUGUGGAGUCUCCGCCAAAUCCAUGCAGUCCGUUCAAUCCGUUCAAUCAUCGUGCAGCCCCUCCAUCCCCUCGUUUAAGGGAUGCAUUCGCAGAGCCUCAAAAGGCUCGGCAGUCAAUGACCCUAAGUUGUAUAUAUUGCCGCCAAUCGCAGGGUGAAGCGCGCGACUGGUGCUACCCUACAAGAUGGCCGAUAGCAGCAGGCAGUGGACUUGGAACGGCGUAACGUGGACCUGGAGCGACCAGCACCAGGACUACUACUACGUCACACAGGAUUCUGCGGGGCAAUAUCAGUACCACUUCUACAAGCAGCUCUACGCCCCCGCCCCGGAACCAACGAGCCCAGCUUCGGAAGGCAGCCAAAGCACAGGACAUGCAGAGGCGCCAGCACAGGGUCGGCUCAGGGUUGACUCCGGUACAUAUCCGUACUCAACCGGUGCAUAUCACCCCCUGACCGCUGCGACCCAUGAUGCUGGCUCUAGCCCUUACCGGGGCACUCCUUCUGCCAACGCAAAUUAUUAUGCCGCUGGGCUUGCUCCAUAUCCUGUCGCCUCGAGCCAUGGUAAUACUACUGGCGGGGCACUGCCGCACAUGCUUGAUUUAGUUCCUCCGCAGGUCAGAAGCUCGCCGAACUUCAUACCUGGAACGCCCGAGAAGGGCGAAUGGGAGAGGUUGGACCCCAGUUUUUAUAUGAGAACCGGUCCGCAAGCGCAGCAGUUCUUUAGGAAAGGAAGGGUCUUUGCCAUGCUAUAUUCCGAGGCUGCAAGCGAGAACAUGGCGCGCGGCAAUGAGAAUGAUGCUGUGACCAUAAUCCGAUUCGGCGAGAGCGUCUACUCGCAGAUUCGGCGCUUCGUCGUAGUGUCGGUAAGGCACGGCUUUGUCAAAGCCUGCGGCAUCUCGACCUACAGCGGGCGUGGUACUCUGAAACCAGGCUGCAAACCAAAGGAACACGCGGCCGUUUAUUUGUCGGGCUCAUAUCCAGUGACUUUCCAGGGAGAGGAAUUGACCAAGGAGCCUAUCGAGAUCCAGCCAGCCGACUCUUCUGUGAGGAUCACCGCCGCCUCUCGGGUCCGAUUCGGCAAGACGUAUCCGAUCGAGUGGAAUGUCAAAGUCAAAGACAUUGGUCGCGUUAUACCUGAGCAUAUCAGCAAGCUGAUAACAUACUGGAGAAUGGAAGACAGGGAUGAAGACGACUGAGUGCGAGACACCUACCUUACCAAAUUGGCUCCAUACGUUUUCGAUCCCCUUUCACGUUGUUCGGACCCGUUCUUUUGGACUACAACGACAGUCACCGACGUUUCUCCUUGUCUACGUAAUACGAUUUGAUGGAUUUGGAUUCGGAUCUUCGCAGAUUGCCUAUAUGGAUAGUAGCUUGGUUCCAGAAUGCCACAUUUGGAGGGCGUCCGAAACACAUCUGGGGGAAUUCCACGAUCAACGCCUGUUUCCUAUAUAUACGUUAAUGAAUGACUUAAGAUAACAAAUACGUUCGAGAACACCCUUCUCG